GAGCAGGUUGUCGACGAUCUCUCAGAUAUCAAGCGAGUACAUCGUUCGAUGGGCUGCUGAUGAGUAAGGUAGGGUCGGGCAUAUCAUGCCUCAUAGUCACUUACACACUACACACCCACACACCUAUCCCAUGAGUACAUAUAUCGCUUCCCGUCUCUCUCUAUCCAUUCUCUCGAUUUCUAGAUUCCCUGUGCCAACCAAUCCACAAGGACAACGACCAAAAGAUCACAGAAAGACAUCCAUAUUCUCUUUUCACCAUGACUAUCGGCCACUCUGAAAAGGGACAGGCGGGUGUCUUCCACCAGGAGGAUCUGACACCGGUCUCGAUUGCUACGACGGCUUUGCCCUCACCGGGUCCGUCUACGGGGACAACUACCCCGUCGAUACACUCCGUCGGCAAGGGUGGUGACGAGAAGCAAGUUGAGAGAGUCACCGAACGUGCAAUCCUCCCGGACCAACUUGGGAAUGAGUUGAGCCGGCAAGUCCGCCACAAAUAUGCCUCCUCAUACAGGAAAAUAUUUGGAGUUAUCUUCGCCGCUAAUUUAGCCGUCUUCGUCGCCUUGAUGGCGAUUUAUAAGGGCAGCCCUAAUUCGCGAGACGUCGGUAGUGCCGCGUCCGCAAAUCUUAUGGUCAGCAUUUUAUUCCGUCAAGAAGAAUUCGUCAACCUCUGGUAUGAAAUCUUUACUUGCGUCCCCCACUCCUGGCCUAUCUACAUCCGAAAACGCCUUGCAAAGGUCUUCCACUAUGGUGGCUGUCACAGUGGUGCGGGUACUGCCGCCGUGGUGUGGUAUAUCCUAUACACAAUAUUGGCUACAAAGGAGUGGAUUGACGAACCCGUCACCGAUGAGUUGGUGAACAUGAUUACCAGCUGGGUCUUAGUCUCGAUGUUCGCGAUCAUCUUGACAUCGGCCCACCCAGACCUCCGCCGAAGGUUCCACGACUACUUUGAGGCUUUCCACCGUUUCGCUGGUUGGACAGCUCUUACUACAUUCUGGAUCCACAACAUCUUCUCCGCUAGAGUCACUGCUAGACAGUGGGACGCCUCUCUUGGCUACGUUCUAAUUCACUCACCUAACUUUUGGUGCAUUUGCAUCUCGACCACCUGCACCAUCGCCUCUUGGUCUCGUCUGCGCCACCGAACCGUGUACCCUGAGAAGCUGAGUGACCACGCCACCCGUCUUCAUUUCAAGUACAGGGGUAUGGCUCCUUUCUACGGUCUAAAGAUUAGCGACAAGCCCAUGACUGAGUGGCACGCUUUCGCCACUAUUCCCGACAUUGACCCAGAAUCUGGAAAGAUUAAUGGUUUUAGUGUCGUCGUCAGUAACGCUGGUGACUGGACUAAGAAGCAAAUCAUGACGCCCCAAGAACGAAAGCUAUGGGUCCGUGGCGCUCCUCUACACGGUCUUCUCUACACCUCAAAGCUCUUCCGACGGAUAGUAGUGGUCGCUACUGGAUCUGGUAUCGGACCCUGCUUAUCACUCCUUUUCGCUGAUGUCACACCCCGUCGUGUAUUCUGGAGUACCCGAGAGCCUGUCGCGACUUACGGCCCGCAAGUUGUGGCGGAGGUCAAGCGAGCUGACCCCAACGCUGUCAUCUGGAACACCCAUGAAAGAGGAUACCCCGACAUCGUCCGCGAGGUAUACCAACUUGUCCACGAAGCUGACGCUGAGGCUGUCUUCAUCAUCUCAAACCCCAAGGUGACGGAGAAGGUUGUCUACGGCAUGACUACACGUGGUGUCCCAGCAUAUGGUGCCAUCUUCGACUCGUGAGCGACUGAAAUGACUAUACGAAUAACCUGGAAUGAAUGAUCGUUAAUACCGGUAAGUCCCGCCGAAGUCGCAAAAGGCACUUGGGUGGGCGAAAUCAUCAUGGUGGUGUUGUACGAAGAAAGUAUUAAGUUGGUGUUCAUUACGUGGGAUCCCCAGCCCG